GUUUGUUGGACUGCGGAGUACACUGAGUUCAAUCUUAACGAGAUGCUUUUGUCCGCCGAAUGAUACAAUAAUAGGUGCAUUCCUGUCGCGUUCGACUCCCUCCGGGGCAUAUAUGAUCCUGCUGCGCAGAUUCUUUUUUUCCUUCCUGGCGCGCUCCUUCAGAAAAUGAAGACCAUCGGACCAAAAAACUUGUAUACUGCGAGGUUCUCUCCAAACCAGAUCAUCUCACCAAUUGCUCAUCGGUAUUUAACGGCAAGAGUCAAUCCCAUCACUCCGAAGAUCCAGUAUCUAUGCGACAACCGUGAUCGCAAUACUCUCUGGUGGAGGGUUUCAGUUAGCGCAUUGGUUUCCUACAAGCGAGUGGUUCGAUCAUGGGUUGCGCGAAGAGCGCGAGCAGCGUUCAAACAGGAACUGAAAGAACGCGGAUUUGAUGCAGAGGGCAGGAGGCUGGAUUCAAGUACUCCACGCUCUGCUGCUGCGCAUGGCUUUUCCGGCAACAUGACAGGGACUCUCAAUAUUGAUCUUGAACCGGCUAUGAUUUCGGCGACAUUUCCCAUGAUUCGGGAGGAGAUGAAGUUCACGAUGAAUGCAUUGAUUCAAGAGCAACAACGGAAGCAAGCGUCUCAGCAGCAGCCGCGGAAACAAGCGCGGAAGGCGAUUAGAUCCCCUACAGAUGCUUCGGUUCCAGAGCAACCACGGGAGCAAACUCCAUUUCAGCGUCCACGCAAACAAAUGUCGCGGAAGGAGUCAGCUCAAAGUGCAGGUGGCAAAGUUUACCGCAAUUCUAUUGAACGUGGAGGCGGAACGAGGCAUUAAGGCCUAAUAUUUACGAAGCUCGUUAGAUGAUACCCAUGUAUAAUUAAUUCAAUAGAGUUAUAGAUGUUGGUCCCCGCAACAGACAAGGAACAGGC